UCCGUGUGUCAGUUCUCUUUAGUGUUUGCCGAUGUUGGAGGUGUUUGGGGUCUGUCCCUAGAAAAAAGGCAUAGAGGAUGGCACAAGUUAAAGUGCAGACCACGGCAGACCCCUCUGGAUCUGCUGUAUCUCCUGCUGCGCAGCUCUCGGCAGUGCCCAGUGCAGGUCCUCUAGGUCUGCAGUCCUCUAUGAACGGAUCAGUUCCAGCCUCAAGUACCAACUGCCCCAGUCCUGAAGCUGGGCUUGUGGAUUCUACUGUUUCUGCAAACGCACCAGCUUCUCCCCAGGAAAACAUGGCAAACCCCAAAGAGAAAACUCCAAUGUGUCUGGUAAAUGAGUUAGCCCGUUUCAACAGAAUUCAGGCCCAGUACAAGCUCCUGAAUGAACGAGGGGCAGCACAUGCAAAGAUCUUCACUGUGCAGCUGACUCUUGGAGAACAGAUCUGGGAAGCAGAAGGAAGCAGCAUCAAAAAGGCGCAACAUUCAGCUGCAGCCACGGCAUUGACUGAGACGACCCUGCCCAAGCCUACACUGCGGCCGCCCAAGUUGGAGACUAACAGCAACCCAGGCAGUAUAACCCCUACUGUUGAACUGAAUGGCUUAGCAAUGAAAAGAGGAGAACCUGCCAUCUACAGAUCCUUGGACCCAAAGCCUUUGCCAAAUUACAGAGUGAAUUACAACUUCCGGGGAAUGUUCAAUCAAAGGUACCAUUACCCAGUACCUAAGAUAUUUUAUGUCCAGCUGACUGUGGGGAACAGUGAGUUUAUAGGAGAAGGAAAGACACGUCAGGCUGCGAGACACCAUGCUGCAAUGAAAGCCCUUCAAGCUCUCCGGAACGAGCCCAUCCCUGAUAAAACACCUCAGAGCACAGAAGGAAAAAAUGAAGCUGAGGAGAUCAGUGAUGCCAGCAAGUCUGAGAUCAGCCUUUUGUUUGAAAUAGCACUCAAAAGAAAUGCCCCUGUCAGCUUCGAGGUGGUUAAAGAGUGUGGCCCGCCACACAUGAAGAGCUUUGUCACGAGAGUGACGGUCGGGGAUUUCACAGCAGAGGGAGAGGGAAACAGUAAGAAACUUUCCAAAAAGCGGGCUGCAAUGUUGGUGCUACAAGAACUGAAGAAACUUCCUUUCCUCCCUGUGAUUGAAAAACCUAAACUUCAUUAUAAGAAACGUCCUAAAACCAUAUUGAAGACUGGCCCAGAAUAUGGUCAGGGAAUGAACCCCAUCAGUCGCUUGGCCCAGAUCCAACAGGCAAAAAAGGAGAAGGAACCAGAGUAUGCUCUGCUAUCUGAGAGAGGAAUGCCCCGUCGCAGAGAGUUUAUCAUGCAGGUGAAGGUCGGCAACGAAUCUGCAACCGGAAAUGGUUAUAAUAAGAAAGCGGCAAAACGGAAUGCUGCAGAGGCUAUGCUGCUGCAGCUUGGAUACAAGGCAUCUUCCCCUGCACAUAGUCAAGCAGAGAAGCCUGUGGAGAACAAAGGCUGGAACGGACAAAAGGCAGCUUUAACUGAACCAACAAGUAACACUCAAAAGGGAAUACUUCAUCUCUCUCCUGAUGUUUAUCAGGAGAUGGAAGCAAGCCGGAACAAGACUGGUGUUGCGGCUGCUGUUAACUAUCUGCAUCCAAAAAACAUUGGCCAGGGCUCCAGUUCUUUCUUUAGCACCACCAGCAACACGGCAACCAUUGCCAGGGAACUCCUGCUGAAUGGCAUCUCUCCGACUGCUGAAGCCAUAGGUUUGAAAGGAAAAGCACCUGCUUCGCCCUGCGCCUCUGUGCAGCCUUCACAACAGCUGGAGUACUUGGCCAGGAUUCAAGGCUUUCAGGUGCAGUAUAAUGAUCUUCAAAAUGGCAAAGAGUGCAUGACCUACCUAAGUCUUUCACCUGUGAAAGAUUUAAUCUCAUUUCAUGGGGUACGUAUUUCUAUACAAUCCAAACAUGAUCAAGCAGCCCUAAAUGCCUUGAAACAGCUGUCAGAACAAGGAUUGGACCCUGUGGAAGGCACAAUGAAGGUAGAAAACGGAUCACGUGAAAGACAAGUGAAACAUCUGGGCGAAAAGGCAGACAAUAAACAGACUAACUCAGGCACCACUGGCCAGGACUGCAAGGAUUCAAAGGCUGUCUUCUAGGAGCCCCGGCAGCGCCCAUGGCCACCACUGCAUCCUUAUAAACAUGUCAACACGCAAUAGGGUGGAUGUGUAUGAGCAAAUGAAUGACUAAAUACCAUUAUUUGAGUCUAUGUGAAGACAACACUAUCCUAACACAAAAAUAAAUAAAUAAAUAACUAUAAAUAUAUUAAAAAAUAUACAAAAAUGAGUAAGAACAAUUAAAUAAAUACAUUGCAUGAUACUCGUAAAUCAAGGGAAAUCAAAAAGGUAUACAGCAUUUCCACUUUUGUACAUGAGUAGACGUUUUAAAGAUAGUUGCCCAUUGGCAGACACCACAAUUGUGCUACUGAAAGCUAAAUUAAACAUUUGUUAGUAGAAUAUCACAUCCAACUGAAAUACUGAUGAUGUGGUUCAGUUACAAUUUUUAAAAAAAAUAGUGACUUUCAGCUUUUUCUUUUAUAAAUAAUGCUUGGGUGUUUAAAAGUUAACCAAUGACAGUGCUGUGAGAGUUGUAGUUGUUGUCUUCAUAUAUAGUCAUGCAGCUUAUCUUUUAUGCUGACUUUAAAGCAUUCAUCAUACUAUAUGAAUAUGUAUGACUUGCAAAUACAAAUACCAUACCCUGAAUUUGUAUGCAAAAAAAAAGAACAGUUUUCAAAAAAAUUGACAAACAAAAAAUGACCAAAAAAAAAUUGACAAAAAAAAGAAGCUUAUUAAUACAUGAACUGGUGUUAGAACUGAUCGGUAGAGGUAAAACUUCAAGCAUGGCAGUUUAGAGUUUGAGUGUCAUGAACCUAUUCUCCCCCCUCCUCCUCUCUGAUGUGUGUUGUAUUGACACACUGUUUACUUUGGCUCAUUGUUUUGAAUAACCUUGAAGUUAGGGAGUUAAUUCCACAACAAUAAAGAAUAAAUAAGCGUUACACCUCGUAGUAUAACUAAAACACAAAGAACAGUGUGUAUGCUGAUUAUUGGUGCACUUUAUAACAGCUAUUUGUUAUUAAUGAAUGGCCAAAUAUAGUAAAACUACAUCAGUUCAUGUUUAACUUUGUAUUGUGUGGGAUUUUUUUUCCAAGUGUGUGUGUGUUAAAGGAUGAGUAACUGGAAUACACCUCAAAUAACUGUAACAGUAAUACAAACAGUGCUACCUUGUUAUAAGGCAAACUUUUGUAGCACAGAACUGGAUAUAAGGUGCCUAAUAAACAUACCUAUCAGUGUGGUAGUCCCACAAUUCUAGACUGCUGACGAUCUUUCAGCCAAUCAGAGCACAUGUCUCACAUGCUUUAUUCCAUGAAUUCCAACACAGAGAAACACAGUUCAUGACAUCAGCCAUACCAUAUUUUUUUCCUGUGCUAUAGUUUUAAUAUCAGCACAGUUGAUGUUGACGUCAACUGCUUUAAAAAAAAAAAAAAAAAAAGUUGCCUGAGGCACCUGUUGGAAUUCCAUUCAACUGUAAACUCAAUUCAGAACAGUGACAUCAUAAUCGGGCAACUACCUCAGCCACUUAACUGUAUUCUUUUUCAUUAACCCUUUCCCUCUUUUCAGUGGAAAUGACAAUGAAUUAAAUAAAGGUUGGUCAUGACUAGAAAACAAAUAUUGUUGUUUUUUUGUUUAGUUUUUUACUUGUAUAUUUACAAUAAAGCGUAUAUAAUAUA